GCUCGCCACAACUAGAGAAAGCCCAUGCACAGCAACAAAGACCCAACGAAGCCAUAAAUAAAUUAAUUAAUUAAAAAUAAAUAAUAUCAUUUGUAGAUAUGAACUCAUUAGUUGAUUCAUAGGUUGUGGGAAAAUGAAGUGUUCUGAUGAAUGUCACAGUGAGAAAACUCACAGACAGUGGUAUACUGGGUAUAAUUUACACUAAUUUAUGUGUAACAGUUUUAAGUGUGCACACCAACCUGCAUGCAAGAAAAGAUUUUGAAGAUACUGAUCACUUCUAUUUGAGAGUUUUCUUACUAAUCUUCCCCUUCUUUGCAUUUCCCUUAACAGUACAAUCUUUUUGCACCUGAAAUUCAAUUUGAUUUCCCCAAGGACUCAGAACUUGUGACUUUUGACGCUCCCUUUGGGAAGUUUGGCAUUUUCACUUGUUUUGACAUUUUUUCUCAUGACCCAGCUGUGAUGGUGGUGGAAGAGUUUCAGGUUGACAGCAUUCUCUACCCCACGGCCUGGUACAACACGCUGCCCCCUCUCGGCGGUCCCCUUCCACCCGGCAUGAGCCCGAGCCCUGGGAGUCAACCUGCUUGCUACCAAUACCCACAACACGAGCAUGCACAUGACACGUACCUCACCCUGGUUCUGCCCCAACAGGCAGCCACAGUCUUGGGAAGCCUUCAAUCAUUUUCAAGCCACGCUUUUCUUUAAAGAUUCUUCUAUUAACCCCAACGUCACAAAAUUAAUAAGAGCAUGGGCUUCUAUACCAACAUUAUUUAAGGAACAUUAUUACUGGGAGUAAAGAAGGAGGCAAACAUUAUAUUCUCAGUUUCACGCGAGGGGAAAUUGGAGUUAGAGAGAACUCAAGUUACAUUAAAAAAGCAAAGCCAGAGGUAAAGGACGCUGCAGCUAACAUCCACGAGUAAUAUUGAAAUAAAUCUUGCUGUUGAGGUGAUAAAAUCACUUUAGACUUAAUCAGGUUUUUAGAGUUUAUCCUUUAUAGUAUCCACUUUCAAGGUAAAGCAGCCUCCCCUCCACUUUCAAGGUAAAGCAGCUUUGUUCUUCAUUGAUCCAGGUGAAGAAUCUCAAACACAUAAAUUAGAUAGGUUAGUGGAGAGCUAAAAUUGUUCUUCAUGUUUGAGAGAUUUUCUGGUUUACUGUUAAAUUGGCUAAAGAAAGGGGAGUUUAAGUUAAAAAAAAAAAAAGCUAUCUAAGUCAUAUAGUUUCUGUGUAAGCAGUCCCAUACGGAGGACUCAGAGUCAAAUUGGAAUUUAGGUCAAUGUAAAGCUCUCUCCCUCCUUAUCUUGAAAAUGCUUAUGCUUUCAUAACUUUAUAUUUCAGUUCUUAUGGAAGUCAUUCUAUUAGUUUGUCACCAUGCAAAAUUUGAAACCAAUAUUUGUGUUUCUUUAUGUCACCCGUAGAAAGUGGAAUCUGCUCACCGGAGGCUGUCAAGGUGCAUUACUAUGACAUGGAAACAGAUGGCCAGCGGAUGCUCUCAGAAUUGAAGUCCCGGCCUCGAAGAGAACCCAGUUACUCUGCAGCUGUUCACUGGAGUGCUUAUGCCAGAGGUGUCAAGCCAUUCUUAUGUGAACGGUUGAAUUUUCCAGGGAUGAUUUAUUUUGAUGCGUUCACCUUCACUAAGCUUGAGAGAGACACAGGAAAUUACACAGUUUGUCAGAAAGACCUGUGUUGUCACUUAACUUACAAGAUGUCUGAGAAACGAACCAAUGAGGUAUAUGCACUAGGUGCCUUUGACAGACUGCGCAUGGUAGAAGGCCAGUAUUACUUACAGGUAUGCACAUUACUGAAGUGUCAAACCACUGACCUGAGAACUUGUGGAGAGCCUGCGGGGUCAGCUUUUACCAAGUUUGAAGAACUCUCCCUCAGUGGCACAUUUGGAAUGAGUUAUGUUUUCCCACAGAUCAUUCUUAGUGAGAGUCAGCUUGCCCCUGAAAGACAUUAUGAGGUUUCAGGAGAUGGACGUCUGCAGAGCUGAGGCGGAGCCCCUUUGCCUUUCUUGGUUCUGGCCCUGUAUGGAAGAGUGUUUGAGAGGGACCCUCCGCACUUAGGGCAGGGAACUGGGCAACUGCCAUGAUCUCCUUCACCACCAUCCUUUCAGGAUUAGCCUGGCAAAGAGAGAGGGAAAAGAGAGAGUCUUUAGUGUCUGUUUAGAAGAGAUGUCAUCACUUUGCUGAAACAACAAACUUAAGAAGACUUAAAAAGCAAUUGGAUGUGUGUGCACAUUUUUACAUAUUCAUUUCUGGGAGCUGCAUGCAUCUUCUGUGUGGGUGCACUUAAGUAUGUGUCAGUAUGUCUAUGUAUAGUGCAACAUGUAUUUAUGGGAGGGGAGCCUAGAAGAGUCCUUUUGUGGUAACUUCUCUAACGUAUGCAAAUAUUGUGUCUCUCAUUUGUAAAUGCACAGGGUAAGCGUUGAAAAUGCGGAGGGUAUUUGGUCCUAGUCUUUAGGAUACAGGAAGUUAAAAAACAAGGGUAUCUUUUAAAGUAAUUAUGAAUGACUUUUAUAACAAAUUAAAAUUGUUCCAUUAUCUCUUUAUUCUACCUUUAUGGAAUAUUUGUAUGGAAAUUAGAUACUUGUGAAGGGAAAUUUAGAAAGAGAUAAAUGAAUAAAUGAUCUCCUUCAGACCA